AUGCCGUGCGGCGGCGACGGCACGGCGGGCGGAGCCGGGAGGCGGAGAAACAAGUAUCCGUGUGAGCGUGAGGAGCCGUCGCCUCCGCCUCCUCGCCGUCCUCGUCCUCGUCCUCCCGUCCAGGCGUCGCUGGUCGCGCACGGCUCUGCAAGAGUCGUCGCCUCCCCCUCGCCGCGCGGCGCCCGCCUCCUGCUCCGGCGCUGCGGGCUCUGGCGGAACCCGGAACGGCCGUCCGCCUCCCCCGCCCUCCGCCGCCGUCUCCUCCUCCUCCUCGGCUUCCUCCUCAGCCCCGGGCCGGAGCGGGGUGUCGGCGGCGGCCGGUUCGGGCGGCGGUUCGCGCUUCUCCGGGCGGCGGCGCUUGGCCAUGUCGUGUCGGGGAAGGUAAUGAGCCGCAGAGCCCCGGGGUCUCGGCUGAGCAGCGGCGGCGGCGGCGGCACCAAGUACCCGCGGAGCUGGAAUGACUGGCAAGCCAGAUCCACCAACAAGCCAGGUCCUAGUGAUUCUUCGCCCACACCAAAAAAGGAUGAUGUCAAGCCCUUUGUGCUCAAGAAAUCCUCAAAUGGUUUAUCAAGAUUCUGGUUUGGUAAUCCUAUAUCCUCCUCUGAAACUCUCAUGCUCGCCAAUGGCCAAGAACCAUCAGAAUCAGUGCCGCAGAAGGCAAAGCAACAGAAGAUAACAACCUGGUCAGUGAAGGAGGAGACGGAUCUGACUGCACUCGAUACGCUUGCAAGGGAUGUCCAGGAGGAAAUUGUUAAUCAUCCAGGACCUGCACGAAAAUGCCGUGGAAGUCUUUUUGCCAACAGGGGUCAGCUUCCCGAUUCCGAAGAGGAAAACGAACCACAAGUGGAGGAGCUAGAUGAAGAGAGGAAGAUAUAUUUGAGUAGCUGUAUUAGAAAAUGGAAAUUAAAAUUAGAAAAGAAAAGAAAAGAUCGUGAAAAUCGUCAAGAUUUCAAUUUAGAUGAAAGUAUUGAUUGGUACUCUGCAUUUCGCCUUUCUGAAACAUCUAUGUCUUCGGGUCCUUCUAUCACCUCAGAACUAGGGGAGCAUAAUGGAAAUACAAAGGAUAAACUGGCGCCACAUCCAGUUCCCCAAAAGGGAAACAAGCCACAAAUGGCCGAGCUGCCAAUAAAGGAUGAGACCAAUUUACAUGAGGAUGAGGAGUUAGAAAGGUCACUUUCAGACAGUGAGUAAAUGAAACCAGAAGCCUUUGAAGAAAGCAACCCAGGGUGCCCGCUACACAUGGAAGACUUAAGACAUCUACCUAGAAGUAACAACAACAGGCAAGUGAAGAAACGUACAACCAGUGGGCACAGUGGCACUUGCCUGUAAAUGGAGAUACUAGGAAGACUGAGAUUGGGGAGUCAAAGAGAAGAGCAGAACCUGAGGAGUAAAUCAGCCCAUCACACCUUACCAGGGCCCCAGCUGAAACCAUAAAGCAAUUGGGGAAAUAAGUAUGAAUGCUGCUUUUGUGGUGAACCUGGUCAGCACAAGGGGGGAGCAGAGAGACACUGAGCUCCUCCCAAACCAGAGAUGCAGACAUACAGAGGCUCCCAGGAGCCCAUGGCUGAAGUAAACCUAAAGGAAAGCCAACAUGGCUCAGGGAAAUUCAUGGAAGAGGGAGCAGAUAAAAGGUUAAGAGCCCUAUGUUGGGACAUUACACACAGGGACUUUGCCUCUUUGUGUACCAGAUGGCUACCCCACAAUGCAUGACCCACAAUCCCCACAGGGAUAACUGGCAUCCCCAACGAGGAGGGUCCUUUCAGAGGGGGGAUAGGGAUGAGUGUAAGGAUGGUCCCAACACGUGCUGUUGACACUGAGUAUAUACAUAACUAAUAAAAAUUAAUUAAUUAAAAAA